UGCACAGGUGCAGUAAGGUUCUCCCAAAUGACAGACGAUGCCCGAACGGCGCAAGAUCCGAUGAUGACGCUGCUUUGUCAGACGUCUGUGGAGCUGAGAUCUGCAAAGCACUUUUGACGCGCCAUGAUCCAUGAUGGCGAUGAUUCUGCCCUCACUGCGCUCUUACACUCAUCUUGACAUUCAGCAGCGUGUCCCGUGGAGGCCCGUUAGCCAGCAUGUCAUGAUUGCUCCAGCUUCUGCCUGAUGGAUCACUGGCAUAUCCGGAGAGAGCCUUCGAGAUAAGGCAUGGCUAGAGGAAGGAGCAGAGUGAAGCAAUUCUUGAGAAAUUCGAUUCUCUUCGCAAGUUUCUUGGGUAUUUUGGUGCUGGGUGCGAGGCUAUUCACAGGUCGUACUUCGCCUCUGGAGGAUCCGCUAUCUGGGCCACAUCCUGGAAUAGAGCACCAUGAGCACGAUGAAGCCAGAGUCGAUGUCGAAUUACCGCCUUCUCGAAUCCGUCCACGUCCGAUAACAGGAUCCAGCUCUACGAGCAGUCGCGCAAAGAAUGCCAACGUCGACGAGGCAUUCAACUCCACGAUCUCGAUAGCUCCUGGCUGCUCACCAUGGACUUCACGCCCGAAUAUCCCAUGGCAACGCACCAUUCGACUCGGAUCUAUCGCAUCCCCCGAUGUCAUUCCCUCCACUAUACUUGGAACAACAGAUGUCGUGUCAAGACAUAAUCCCGGCGGCUGUGUCUCCGCUUUCGAACGUCUUGCGCCAUUCGGACACCUCGGAGCUCGAGAAGAAUUCGAAAAUUUGCCGUGGAGUGAAGUGAGAUGGGGAAGCGUGCAAGACGGUUGUGCGGGGAGCAAUGGUGGGAAGAUGGAGGAUACGUCUGCAGGCAGGAAAUUGAAACGGCCGAGUGAGGGGCUAGAUCAAGAGUUGGAAGAUAUGAUUCAGGAUGAGCGAAGGACGGGAAGAACGGCUGUUGUAUUAAGGACGUGGGACACCUAUGAAUAUGGCCCGAACCACAAGGCGUGGCUGAGAGCUCUUGUUACAGAAUUGGCGUUGGAUACCGCAGGGAAGUUUCAGGUCUUUCUUCUUGUGGAUGUCAAGAAUCCUGCCGCAGAGAAUCUUCUUAGCAAUGAAGCGCUGUAUGCUCAAAUACUCCACAGAAGCGUACCGGAAGAGUUUCACGAUAUGGCUAUACUAUUCAAUGACAGACUUCUCCAGGAAUGGUAUCCGAAAGUCAGCAACCACAAGGCAAAAGACCAGAUGUAUCAGGCGUUGCAGAUCUUCAGCUACAGCUUCCCCGAAUUCGAUUAUGUUUGGCAGUUGGAGAUGGAUGCUCGGUUCACAGGACAUGUUGGACAGAUGCUGGAAGACGCUGCUACAUGGGCACAAGAGCAACCACGGAAGAAUCUCUGGGAACGCAAUGCACGGUUCUUCAUCCCUGGUCUGUGGGAAAACGACUAUGCAGCAUUCUCAGCCUCUCUCGAUGAAGAAUUCGCCGACGCAGAAACCACCAUUUGGGGACCAGCGCCCAAUGCAGAGACCUACAUCACUCCUCGAGGUCCUCCGCCACCACCUCGCUCCGAGUCCACCUGGGGCAUCGACGAACCCGCCGACCUUAUCACUCUCUCACCAAUGAUCGACCCCAUAGGAAACAAAUGGGAUUUCGAAAAUGAAGUACACAAUUUCUCUCCUACCAAGAAAACCAACCUUCUGCUCCCACGCCGCAUGGCCAUGAUAAGCAUGACUCGCACCUCUCGCCGCCUGCUGCAAACUAUCUCCCUUCAUCAACGCCAAACAGGUGCCUGGCUGGUCAGUGAAGCCACACCCGAAACCUACGCUUUCCUGCACGGUUUCAAAGCCGUCUACGUUCCCCAUCUCAUAUCUUUCAAUCUUGGAACUGGAGCUCUUUCGCCGAAAGAGCUGGAUAAGUUAGUACACAAGGGGUCGAAAGAAAGUCUGGCGGGCGGGAAACGUGCGAGUUUCUUAUGGUGUGGGAGAACAUGGAAGAUGAAGAUGAAGCAGUGGUUGGCGAGUAGUUAUAUCUGGUGGGGUGGGCAGGGUUUGAGUUUUUGGUAUGAUUAUGUGGUUCUGGGAAAGUGUAUGCCGCAGAUGGUAUUGCACCCUGUUAAGAGAGAUGGGGAGUUGGUUUUGGGAAGUGGUGCUUGAGGGUGCUUGUAACACCAGCGAUAGUCCGGCCGUGGGUGUUAAAGAACCGAAAACAACAAUGUACUGGAAGACAUGACUUUCGAUGAAUUAGGGCUGCUUGUUCAGGAAGUUUAAUUCUCAGCAGACCAAGAAUAAGACACAUCACCUGUGGAAGCCCAAUGCGCGGAGGCAAGCCUUUGUGUGCGAUUCUUGGUGGCGGGCUGCGUUUUCUCGCCACAUAAAUACAGGAAAUUCAGUCGUCACGAACACCGACCUUUGCGCGGUCAUGUUUCAGAGCAGCGAUUAGUGGCCACACGUACAACAACGCUCCAACAAUCAUCAUCGCUCCUGCAAAAGCUUGCGCACUGAGGAAACUAUUCGUUGCCGGAUCUGCCAAUGCCCCAGCAAUAGGAGUACCGACCAAUGUUCCAAGAGCAGCGAUCAUCGUUGCGAUGCCCCAUCGAGUUCCAUACACGUCUAUAGUGGUCAAGGUCGGAUGUGCCGCAGCCGUCGGGUUUGAACCUGUCAACAGUCCUGUCGCUACGCCGUAC